AUGCAGGAAGAGUUCAACGCUCUACAGCGGAACCGUACCUGGACACUGGUUUCUCGGUCUUCUCGCGCCAAUGUCAUCAGCGGCAAGGGGCUCUUUCGCCAUAAGAGCUGCUCGGAUGGUACACUUGAGCGCUACAAGGCUCGUUGGGUGGUCUGUGGUUCUCGGCAGCGCGCUGGCAUCGAUUUCACUAAGACGUUUGCACCGGUUGUCAAACCGGGCACGAUCCACACUGUUCUCCAGCCGGCGGUUUCCCGAGGUUGGCCGGUUCAUCAGAUGGAUGUCUCCAACGCCUUCCUUCAUGGCCAUCUUGAGGAGCAGGUUUACUGUGAGCAGCCAACCGGUUUCGUCGACGCAUCUCUUCCUGGGCAUGUGUGUUUGCUGUCCUGGUCUCUCUACAGGCUCAAGCAAGCACCUUGCGCCUGGUACCAGUGUAUCGCUGGGUUCCUUCGGACACUAGGCUUCAGCGUUAUUCACUCGGAUGCCUCAUUGUUUGUCUAUCACCGCGGCGAUACGACUGCAUAUUUGCUCCUCUACGUCGACGACAUCAUCCUGACGGCCUCCUCCGCAGCCCUUCUUCAGCAGAUUACUCUCCGGAUGCGUGAUGAGUUUGCCAUCAAGGACCUGGGUGCUCUACAUUAUUUCCUUGGCAUUGAGGUUGUUCGGCGACGCGACGGCUUCUUCCUUCAUCAGCAGAAGUAUGCACACGAUCUACUUGAGCGUGCCGGCAUGCUCAACUGCCACCCUGUUGCUACUCCUGUUGACACGAAGCCCAAGGUUUCUGCUCUCGAGGGCUUGCCCGCGUCGGAUGCACCGUUCUACCGGUCCAUUGUUGGUGCUCUUCAAUAUCUAACUCUCACCCGGCCGGAUCUUCAGUAUGCUGUUCAGCAGGUGUGUCUCCAUAUGCACGCCCCUUGUGACUCCCAUUGGACCCUCGUGAAGCGGAUUCUCCGCUACAUCCGCGGCACGAUGGCUCUUGGGCUCACUCUCACGGCGUCUACUUCUAUGGAGAUGGUGGCCUACUCCGACGCGGACUGGGCCGGCUUCCCUGACACUCGUCGCUCCACCUCUGGCUACUGCGUCUACCUCGGUCCUUCACUCGUCUCGUGGCCGUCCAAGCGACAACCCACGGUUUCGUGCUCUAGCGCGAAGGCGGAGUACCGAGCAGUGGCUAACGCCGUCGCCGAGUGCACCUGGCUACGACAACUACUUUAG